ACUUAUGGUAGCCUCAUUUUCCUCAUCUGUAAAAUGAAAGGGUUGGGCUCUGUUAUCUCUUAGAUCUCUCCAGGUCUUCAUCUGUCAUCUACUGACCUCUCUCCUAAGAAGUAGGUGGUGGCAUACUUCAAUGACAAAGUCAUAAUUGGUCGCUGCAUGAAUUGUUUUUCUUUACAUCAUGAGAACUUUGACCUAUUCAAAGGUCUCAAAAUCUUCCUCCCCCACUUUAUUUUUUUCUUUAAAUUUCUUUUUUUUAAGUUUAUUUAAUCAGUCAAUUUAUAAUAUUUUUCCAUGGUUACAUGAAUCCUGUUCUUUCCCUCUCCUCCUCCCAAUCCCCUCCCGGAGCCAAUGAGCAAUUCCACUGCCUCCCCAACUUUAAAAGAAAAAAAAAUUCUUAAAGCAUACUCAUGUCGUAAUUUCGAGGUGCUGGUCAAUGUUCCAGGCACUAAAGGCCUGUGAGCUGUUAGAAUUCCAUUGUCCAUAAUGGGGAGGCCCAUUGGACAGUUGACCCUAUUGUUGAUGACAGCAAACAUCUAUUGGAAAGUCUGCAAGAUUAAGAUUUGGCUCCUUAGUUUUGUUUUGAAUAAAACAAGAAUCCAGACCAGCGAUCACCAAUACCUAAUUCUUUUAGGUAUUAUCAUUGCUUUAUUCUAUCUAUCUAUCUAUAUAUAUUAUAAUAUAAAAUACUUGGUAUGUAUCCUACAACGGAAGGUAAGGGUUUAAAAAAUAAAAUAAAAUACGACAUGCUUUGUUAGGAGCAGCCCUUAGGGAAGAAAACUUCUAGAAUACAUAUUUAUGUUGGCAUUUUCAGAUGAGAUCCAUAAUCUUGAGUGCUCUGCAGAACCUGAGGUAGCCCUUUUAAAACCUGCAUGAAAGAUUUCCCUUCAGAUUUCAGAUUUUAUGUUUAACUUUGGUUUUUCAAAUAAAAGUUCAGUCCUAAAUCUUCUCUGCAGCUCCUUUGGUUUUAAUGGUACUCACUUGGGAGGAUUUUGGAGGGGAAGUUACUGACCUGCCAGCAAGGCAGGACUAAGGCCUUUCUUUACCUCUAGCCCAGGCUCUAAUAUAUUCUCCAGUUAUAUUAUAUUAUAUGAGAAUAUAUUAUAUUACAUUACAUUGUGUCAUAUUAUCACAUCCAAAUAUAGUCUCCACUUCUCCAAUUUCCCUAAGAGCAAGUUCGGUCUUGUCUGACUCUUUGUGACUCCAUAAGGAGUUUUCUUGGAAGCGAUACUGGAGUGGUUUGCCAUUUCCUUUCCAGCUCACUUUACAGAAGAGGAAACUGAGGCAAACAAGGUUAAGUGAAUUGUCCAGGAUCACACAACUAGUAAGUGUCUGAGGCCAGAUUUUAGCUCAGGAAGAUGAGUCUUUCUGGCUCCAGGUCUGGUGCUCUAUCCACUGUUUGUUUCAUCUAGCUGCCCUAAGAAUAAUUAGCAACUUAAAAAAAAAAUCUUACCUUCCACCUUAGAAUCAAUACUAAUUAUCAAUUCCAAGGCAGAAGAGUGGUAAAGGCUAGGCGAUUGGGGUUAAAUGACUUGCCCAGGGUCACACACAGCUAGGAAGUAUCUGAGAUCAGAUUUGAAUCCAGGGUCUCCCAUUUCCCUCUCUAUCUUAUGAACCACCUAGCUGCCCUAAGAGCAAUGAGUAACUUUUAAAGAAGCUUUAUUGCUGCCUCUUGUUUGGACACCCCUCCCCUUUCUCCCCCCUGCCCACUUCAGUUAGGGAGAGUUCUUUGUGUGGCCUUUGCCAGUCUUAUCCAUCCCCAGAGUUUCAACUAUCACCUUUAUGACAUUUUCCAGACAUCUGUGCUUCCAGCCUCAGUUUCCCUCUCAAGCUUUAGUCUUCCAUUUCCAACACCAUGCUGGGCAUUCCAUACAAAUAUCCAAGUUCCAGACACUUCAGCAUUUAAAAAAAAUUCAUUUACCUUUCAAAACUACCCUUUAUUCCCAACUUCCUUUUUUCUUUUGAUGGUACCAGCAUCCCCUCACCCCUUCCAGAUAUACUCUAAAACCUUGUUGUCAUGUUUAAUUCUUCCCUCUACCUUACAUGUUCUGUGUCCUCUCUUGUAAGUUUCCAUUGCAUGUCAUCUUGUGGCUCUUUACUAUUCUUAGGGCCACCCAUCCAAUGGUGGCCAUCUUCAUGUCUUACCUGGACUGUUUCCCUUCUGUCAUUCCAUUCAUUGUGUGACCGGUUCUUCACCCAGCUGUAAAAAUAGUCUCCUAAUACACAGGUUUGACUAACUGGGUCACUCCUGUUCUAAACUCUUCUGUGAUUCCUCAUUAACCCCACUGAAUAAAAUGCAGAUCUUUAGCACCACUCCUCCUCCCCAAUAAUCUGGCUUCAACCAUAGAUCAGUCUCCUUCUCUUCCUCUUGUUCUCCAGCCACACUGAACUUUUGGCUCUCCUCCUUCCUCCAUGACUGCUCUUGGGCUAUCACCUAGUUUUGGACUUUCUAAGCUGAGGGUAUCAAAGAAAACUUUAAUGAGAAGACUGAGCCUCGAAGGAAAAAGCAGAUUUCAGCAGGUGGAAAGGCAUGACAUGAACACCCUGAGCCUUCCCCUCAACAUCCGGCGUGGGGGAUCAGACACAAAUCUCAACUUUGAUGUCCCCGAUGGCAUCCUGGACUUUCACAAGGUCAAGCUCACAGCAGACAGCUUGAGGCAGAAGAUUCUAAAGGUGACUGAGCAGAUCAAAAUCGAGCAGACAUCUCGUGAUGGGAACGUGGCCGAAUACCUCAAACUCGUGAAUAGUGCAGACAAGCAGCAGGCUGGGCGCAUCAAACAGGUAUUUGAGAAGAAGAAUCAGAAGUCAGCCCAUUCCAUUGCCCAACUCCAGAAGAAACUGGAGCAGUACCAUAGGAAGCUCAGGGAGAUUGAACAGAACGGGACCCCACGUGCUUCCAAGGACAAUGCCAAGGACAACUCAAAAGAUGGUCAUGGUAAAACUCGGCCAGUGGGCCAAGGGAUGGAGAGUGGGAAGUCGGGCAUGCCAGGAGUCUCCCUGACACCACCCAUGUUUUUCAACAAGUCUAGGGAGUUUGCCAACUUGAUCCGAAAUAAAUUUGGCAGCGCAGACAACAUUGCCCACCUGAAGAGCUCCUUGGAAGAAUUCAGGACGGAUGCCAGCUCUAGAGUGUAUGGGGGCAGUGCCACCAUUGUGACCAAGCCGAAAUACGGCAGUGAUGAUGAGUGUUCCAGUGGCACAUCAGGCUCUGCGGACAGUAAUGGCAACCAGUCCUUUGGGACUGGUGGGACAAACACUCUGAGCAGUCAAGGGAAGCUGGCCAUGAUCUUAGAGGAGCUAAGGGAAAUUAAAGAGACUCAGACCCAACUGGCCGAGGACAUUGAAUCUCUAAAAGGGCAGUUCAAAAGAGAAUACAGCUUUAUUUCUCAGACCUUGCAAGAAGAACGAUACAGGUAUGAGAGACUAGAAGACCAGCUCCAUGACUUGACAGAUCUUCACCAGCAUGAGACCACCAACUUGAAGCAAGAACUGGCCAGCAUAGAAGAGAAAGUGGCCUACCAGGCUUAUGAAAGGUCUCGAGAUAUUCAGGAAGCCUUGGAGUCCUGCCAGACCCGCAUCUCUAAGUUAGAACUCCAUCAGCAAGAACAGCAAGCCUUGCAGACCGAUACUGUGAAUGCCAAAGUCCUCCUGGGCAAGUGCAUCAACGUGAUCCUAGCCUUCAUGACAGUCAUCCUUGUGUGUGUGUCCACCAUCGCCAAGUUUGUCGCCCCCAUGAUGAAAAGUCGCUUCCAUAUCCUGGGCACGUUCUUUGCAGUCACGCUUCUCGCCAUAUUUUGUAAAAACUGGGAUCAUAUUCUGUGUGCUAUAGAGAGGAUAAUAAUACCAAGAUGAAUCUAUUUGUUCUGGCUUCACAUUCUUUUGAGAGAGUAACCUUUUCCACAGAGACUAACUACCAAAUUUUUACAAAAGAGCUGUUGUGCACACUGAAUGGCAGCUUCAAGAGGACUCAAGCUGUAACCUGUAAAUAAUUGCAAUUCUCUUAACUAGAUAACAUUGCCUAUUUCGUCGCUGUCCAUGGUUAGUUAGCCCAUCUCUUGUAAAAUUCUCCCCUCACUACUUGCUGCCUUAAUCGGAACAAAUUUCCACUCUGCAAAACCAGCACAGCAUAAGAAGGGAGCUUUGGGUUAUUGUUGUUGUGUUUUUUUUUAUUUAACUUUUGGGGUUUUAUUUAAGAUUUGGGGCUAGGUCAGGAAGAUUUGGAAAUAGCAGAAGGAUAAAAGUGGAUUUCAAAAGCUACCUUUGGCAAUAUGUAUCUCAGCAAACCCUUUCCUCCACUGAUAGGCCUCCCAGAGAAACUGUAGGGUUUGAUUUGGUGAAAGAGAUGAGCACAGGCUAGAAAUGUCAAAAUAGUCUUUCCUACAGAGAUAGCCAAUCUAUGAGCUAGUCUGUAGGUAGGGCCCCCACGUCCAUAGUGAUUCAUUAGAAUUGUUAUGGAGCUACUGAAGAGGCUUCUAAAAAACUAGUAGCCCACCCAAUGUUAGGGUUUUAAUGGAACUCUACUGUCCUUCAAACUGCAAAAUGGUAGGAUUUACGAGUGGAUUUAUUCAUUCCAUUUGACACUAUAUUAACUGACUAGUGACUUACUGCUCUAAAAUGUGCCAAAUAUUUCCAUAUGACUUUUGUAAUUAAUGUUUGGUCUGGAAGUCAUUUGUUUUUUGUAUUGGGUUCUUCCAGGAGUACCCUGAUGUGACCAUGUUCUGGCCUGUUUAUAUGUGACAUCCAGCCUUUCAGACAAAUGCAGUCUCCUUUCUAUUUUCUAUUUUUCUCUGUGGGAAAUCUCAAAGCAUAUUGGAACAUAGGAAUGAUGUUAUGUUGCUAUAGGAAGCAAGAGAGACACAUUUAAUUCAAUACGACUUCUUGGUCAACUAUAAAAAGACAAUAUCAUGUCAUGUCUGCCUGUAGGAAAGGUAGAUGAGUGAAGGGUGCCCGAAGUGGAUAAUAAAAUCAUUCACCAUAUUGAUAAGGCCCUUGUAGGAAUGUGGAAAAUUAGAAGGAAGAGUAAUGUAUGAUAUGGAAUAUGGUAUCCAAGUUAAAGCAUUCUAAAAAGUUCCAUCUUGCAUGAGAUUCUUUAGCCUCUGAGUAAAAGGGGUGAGGGUUCCUUUCUUUGAAUUUUUUUAAUGUUAAAAGCAAAGGGAAGAAAAUGGAAAUUCUACUUGGCUUCACUUUAUUCAAAAUACACCUUCCUUCAGGUGUACAGGAGUGUGUGUAUUUGUGUUAACUUUUAAUAUGAAGAAUGGUUGAAACAUCAAUGCAUUUUUUUUUUGGUCUUUGUUUGAAAAUGUUUUCAAUGACCUGGAUUUGAACAAAGUGCAAUAUUUUUCAAACAGCUGCUUUUAGGGAAAUCUCUCCUUUAAUGUGAUUGUGUGAACUGUGAUUUCAGGGAAUAUGGAGUAAGCCUUUGGUGAAAAAUAGGUGUGACUGUGAUCUCAGGUCAGCCUAGUCUCCCAUUUGUCAGGUUUCUUUGAACCAGACACUAGGGAAGAGCUGAGAUGCUUUCCCAUCCUGGUGUUAGGACUUCUGUCUUGUCCUGAAGUGUCUACGUGAUAAAUGGUUGAUUCACCAAGUCAGGGUUAAGUGGAAGGUUUUGGGUUCUUGGGUCAGAGAAUGUAGGUGAGUUUCAGAGUUUCCUCUCCAUAUCUGUAUUUAAUGUCCAGUAUUCACCUGCACCUGAGAACAGGGAUAAACAAUUUGUAGCAGUUCUGUCAUUGAGUCAUUGACUGAUGUCACAAGCAGGAUCCCAAGUCUACUUUCAGAAGAAGACCCUAUAAUUUGUUCUAUUGAAAAAAUGACUAAGCCUUUUCUCUUGGCACCCUAUCAUAUCCCCAUUAAAUGGGGAGAACGAUGGUGUGCUGUAGAUUGAAAACAUGAGUGAAAAUAGAUGAGCCCUUCUGAUUUAAUAAAUCUCACUUUUCCUUAGUAGAAACACAGGACACACUCCUAUCAGGAAAAAAUACAUUCUAAAUGACUAUCCAUUUUAAACAGCAAUGUCAUUGAGAAAUUUCCAUGUACAUAGCCUAACCUUUUAUCCGCCAUUGUCCUGCCAUCUCCCCAAGUAAGAAGUAAGUUUUAAAAAGUCUUAAGCAUAGGAAAGUCCAUUUUUUUCUGUUGCCUAACACAACGACUACCGAGUGCCCACAGGAUAUUGAGGAUGAGGAGGAUCUUUGGGAUUAAGGAAAUUUUUUAUAUUUGGUAGACUUCACUGAUUUCCUUGGUUGUUGAAUAUACUUCCCCACAGAUUGCCUUCCAAAGGAUUCUUAGUUCAGGUUGAGCCAGUAACCAAAGCACUACUUUGGGUGAGGGUAGGGAAGGGAGAUUCUCCAUCUUUAAGCACUGUUACUUCAGAGAACUAUCCCAUGUUGGAUAUUGUCACCCUAAUGAGAUGUUAGAUUGAGCUCAGCUUCAAAACCAAGACUUUGGGUCUUGGUUUGAUUUCUUGGAUUUCUCCUGCCUUCCCUGAGGCUGAUAGUAGCAUCCCACGGUCACCCCCUCUAACUUGUCCCUGCGCUGUCUCCACACGUGUCAUUUUCACCCAAAUACUCUUACAACAUGUACUUGCUGUUCUCUUCUGGUACUCAGGCUUCUAUUGAUGUGACCCAGCCUGGUCCCUACUAGUAUUGCCUGGGACUGGCUCCCCUCUGGCCAUCAAUUACCUCUGCAUCCUUUAGGUUUGUUUCUGGAAUACUGAGUUCUGGCAUCGGAUAGAAACAUUUUUGUGGUAUGUCAAGAAACCCAAUGCUCUCUUGCUUUGGAGACUUUGGAGAUUUUAAAAAAAAUCACCACUGUGCAUCUAUGAUGUAUGCAUGAUCACUGCCUCGCAAUGGCUUAUGGGAGAUGGUCUGCCUGGAACCCACCUGGAAGGAGGCUGUAGGGAACCAUGUGGCCUCACCCUAGAAUUUCCUUCCCCAUCCUUUCUGGUUCUAACUUGAAGCUUCCUGGGCCAGCUUUACCUUUCCCCUCACCAGCCCCUGCCCCCCCCCCCACCAUUAUCCUCAUUCUCACUUUAGGCCAGAAAAGGGCAGGAGGUGAGUGUUACUGUGCCAGGGAUAAGGGGCACAGUCCUAAGGCCCCCUUUCUCCUUUAUCUCUACCAAGACCCCAAUAAAGUGACCUUGUAGCCCUCUCUCCUGAUCCACAUUCCCCUCUACUACCCAGUGCUGCCUCUGAAAUGUCCAAGACUUAAUAUGAUUUUCUCAGAUCUGGGAUGCCAGAGCUUUUAAUUGGUCCUCCUUGUGAUUUUCCUUUAGAAUCUAAGUGGAAAAAUAAGAAGGUGGGAAAGGAUGAGGUGGGAUGUGUGUAUGGGAGUGUUAUAAAAAGUAACCCUUUAGUCCCUGACAGCGAAGGAGAAGCAGAUUACCCCCAAGAAAUUGUGAGUUGAUGCUUAAAAGGGGGGAAAAUGAAGAUGAUUGGGCAACGGACCAAUGACUCAGAAGUAUUCUCCUUGCAUUUACUUUGGCAGGCACCCUUUGACCCCAUUCUCCACCAUAUUUCUUGGGCUUAGGCCAUGGAGUUACCAACAGUGGCUUGAAAGGGCCCUCUCUGCCCUCACGGCAGAUUUUUUCUUUUUUUUUUCUUUUUUGGAAAAGUAUGUGCCUGGCAUCCUGGAGCCUGAAUACAUUUUCCCAAAGGGGGAAAAAAAAAGAUUCCUUGAGAUUGUUAAAUUCUAGUUUACAGUGCUAGACUUGAGAAUUUAAUAGGCUAGCCUAGGAGCCCAGCCACCCUGGCUAACUUUGUGUAGAGUUCUUCCAAUAAGUUGGAGACUGCAUCAUGUGUGUUUCCAUAGCUAAUGUUAAAGCACAAACAUGAUGAAUUUUAAAAUGCAGUGUUUUCGCUGGAGAGAUGGCUUCAAAUGGUGGCUUGCUUCCCACUCUGGGUGAUUAACAGCCUGCAAACUUAAAUUAGGAAAAGAAGGGAACUGGGCUGCCUACAUCCUAAAACACUUAGAAACCUAAGGAAACAAACAUUGCAAUUAACAAAGAGACUGACUGGCAACCCCCUGGAAGAACAAAAACAGCCAAUUUCCUCAAAUCAACCAAAUGCUCUCUGCUCUAAGAUGUUUGAAAAUACUAUAUGUACAGAAAUUGUUUCAGACCUGAUUUAUUUGUUGCAAAUUUUAUUUAUUUAAAGCAUGUGCAGUGUGGUUUUCUUUUGUGUGAAUUUGAGAGAAAUGUUUCCAUGAAGCAUUGCUUGUGUCUAAGAGAAUGCUAGCUAGCAAAGGUUGUAGUCACUGAUGGUGAAGGUAGCUCUUAACCUGGCUGGCAAGUCUGAUCUGUCCACCGCCAAAUUGCCAUUUUCUGUAGCACGAUAUAAAGUUUUAUGUCAACCAACAUGAAAAAGAACAUCUGUAAAGUCUUAGUAAAUUUUCACCUCACCGUAUGUAGUUGUAACUGAACUCAAAACAGGUGCCAUUAUUUUUUUAAAUAAAUGUAAUUGACAUUAUUAGUUUGGAUGUUUAAUAAAGAGUUCAAUUUCUUUUUAAAAAAAAUAAA